UAUGUUUACCUUGUUGUCGUUUUUUAUCCAACUUCAUUAUUUCACUAUGUUUAGCACAAGAGAGCGUCUGGAGAAGCGCACUCCAAAAGAAGGUAUUGGUCGAAAGGAAUACAUCUCCCUGCUGGUGGAUGAAUAUCACGAAACAGAUAAUCUCGAAUCGCAACAGCAAGUGACCGCGAAUUUGGCCAAUUUUGCAUAUGAUCCUAUAAACUGGAAUUUUCUGAAACAAGCAAAGGCGCAGGAGUUAUUUGUAGAUAUUUUGGAUACUUCGAUUGACCAUCAGCUUCUAGUUCACGCAGCAGCAGGGCUUUGCAAUAUCUGUUUGGACGAGGAAGUUUCCUUCCAGAUCAUUCGAGGCGGUACACUCAAACAGAUUAAACGAUUGAUUGAGAAGCAUAGAGAUAGCACCGAUUUGGUUGGACAUUUGCUAACAACGAUAUUUUAUCUACAUAGUGAACCGCUAGAAGCAGAUUUCAGAAAACUGUUGCAUUCGUUAAAGAACGGAGGCUGUAAAAGAACUGGUAACCUAGCUACUGUGAUUCUUGGUAACCAUGUACCUGGUCUUGCUACCGCAAAUCAGACAAUUCAGUAGCAAAUAUGCACGGGAACAGUUUUCACACUCACCAGGAUCUACCGGCGCGAUGAUUUGAUCAAAUUUGCGGAGUUUACCGGUGAUCGGAACCCAAUUCACAACCGUUCAUCUGAUGAACAGAGCUUUGUGAACGGUGCCCUGCUAAAUGCCACCACGGCCGCAAUCCUCGGAAAUAAUUUUCCCGAUCAUGUCGUUACUGCACAGGAAUUUCGCUUUCCAAACCGAUGCCACCUAAACGAGGAAGUCAUGUUUAAUGUGAAGGUCGGACAACUCAGGAAAAUCGUAAGCGUUUCAUAUGACUGCAGUCAGCGCGGACGGACGGUUUUCGUUGGAACGGCAAAGUUGUUUGGAGUAAAGUAGUAAUCAAAGCGGAAUAUGCUUCAAUA